CUCUCGAAAGAUGAAGGGUAUUAACGUGAAACGCACGAUUGAAUCUUUGAGUUGAAGUUCUUCUUCGGUAAGUGAUACCUGUAUAUGGGGUACCUGUGAGCAAGAUGGCUACUCAUAGAUAAUGAUGAUGGCAGAUGAUCGUGACAUGGGGAAUUAGCAACUUUGCGUGCAUGAAAAGUCCGACGUUGCAAUAUUCAAUAAUGGAAGUCGCAAUAUAUGUAAGUUGCGUAAUGCGCCGAAGUUCAAGUUGCGCUUGUACUACCACCCCAUGCGCAUUGCGGCCCUCCCUCAGGCCGUGGCUAUUCGAGACAUCGCGAUACAGCACGAUGGCGAAGACGCACUGGUACCCAAGUCCCACUGUUGGCGCCAAACUAAUACUUCCCCACAUGACGACGGACAUGACUAUGAUUUGGGUGACGGCCCGACCAACAUUAAUUAUAUUGGUCUACUGCUCAACAUCAUACGCCUUUCAGCUCAAGCACAGGUGGCAGUCGAAAAGCAAGGUCCGUCAUGCACGCGUUAGGCCCAAUUGCAACUACAACCUCAUGAGGCCUUGCACUGCCUCUACGCUCCAAAAGCUCACGCCGACUUUGCGCCGGGGCCUUCCUGCCACUUCUUGCUUUAGGAAGAUGGGAAACACGAGUCCUGAACGGAGCAAUUACAUCAAACCCAGACCUCAACCACCGCUCGGUAAGCAUAUUUCCUUGUUAUUCUCAUUGAAGUUGAAGUUCACCCUCGCGUGUACCCAUUCUGUGCUGUUCUGCCACAUACACGUCACUGAGACAGACGCUGUAACCUCGACUGGGGUCUUCGCAUCGAUGCUUCUGGUCGAGCGCAAUUCCUUGGGGCAGCGCUUCAUAUAUCACCCUUUAGCUUCUUCAUCCUCAUGCCGCUAUUUCCCUCGUGUCUGCCACCCCUUGACAGUGUUUUGUCCUUUACAUGAUGAGAUUUUAAUCGUAAACCAGGUUGAAUUCACAUGUCUCUGGUUUGCUGGAUGAGAUGGGAAUGCAAUAUAAAAUUAUGACUACCAAUGAGAGGAACAUGUAUGUGGAUAUUGAUAUAUAGUAGGGCAGUAUCUAUGAGGUGGA